UAUUUAAAGAGAGUGAGAGAGACCAGUCGGGUAUCUGUACAGACACGGGGCAACUGUCAAAUUAUUGGAUUGUGUUUGUGUAAAAAUUCUAAAGUUAAAAAGAAUUGUAGCAGCAACAGCGUACAAAACGAGAAAAACAAGUGUGAAAAUCCCCAAUCGAAAUCGAAAUCAAUUGUUUUUAAAAUAUCAUCAAAUUUAAAUUGCACAAAUCGAGAUGAUUUGAUUUUUAAACCAUACCAUAAAUAUUCACGACAAGUACUACGCGCAACGGUAAAAAAAGAACAAACAACGCGCGGUAUCAGAGAAAAAGAAGUUUCGGCGUAGACUCUAGUUGAAUUUUUUUUUCAAAUUUCAAUUAUACAGUAUCACCUACUGAGAAUAAAAAGACUAGAGAUUUUAUUAUUUUUGUUGUUGUAGUUUUCGUUAAAUUUCACAAACGCCAGAUACAAAAAGAUGGCUGAAAGUGUUGUUGCACCACCAGCACUACGAUUUUAUUGUCACAAAUGUAAUGUGGAAAUCGAAAAUGUGAACACUACGGAAUAUACAUGUCCAUUAUGUGCAGGCGGUUUCAUUGAAGAGUUGCCCUCAAACAGUUCGGCUGACCGAAGCCGAAGCUCAAGCAGUAAUGACGAUGCUGAUGUUCCAGGCGAAUUUAAUGAUCACCGAUUAAAUGAACGAAUUUCAUCAUUGCUGAUGUCAUCCAUCGGCGGUGGUUUUCGAGCAAUGGACGACGACAGUGAUCAGUCAUCAAAUCAAGAAGGAAGCUCUUCAAGUGCCCCACGAGCAAGACGCAGUAGAGGUCGUCGUGCACAAGAUAUGCCAAAUUUUGAAAACAUCAUGCAAGAAUUUUUAAUAUCGAUUUCGGGUGGUGCUGGAAAUAAUGUUGCUGGCGGCGGAUCACAGCCAAUGUUUUUCAUGGGCAAUCCAGGUGACUAUGCAUGGGGACGUGAAGGAUUAGAUUCUGUGAUUACACAAAUGUUAAAUCAAAUGGAAAAUUCCGGUCCGCCACCAUUAUCAAAAGACAAAAUUCAAGAAAUUCCACGUAUUGAAAUCACCGAUGAACAGUUUGAAAAUAAAAUGCAAUGUUCCGUAUGCUGGGAUAAUUUUGAACGAAUGGAAUUGGUUCGAAAGCUACCAUGCACGCAUAUGUACCAUGAGCACUGCAUUGUCCCGUGGCUUGAAUUACAUGGCACAUGCCCAGUUUGCCGGAAGGCUGUAGACAAAGACGCAUCUGAUGAACAACCACAUGCAAUGCCAAUGGGAAACAUAGCAAAUAUCACAAAUAGAAUAGGAAAUGUGUAUCGAACAACUUUCAAUUUUUUCAAUCACGGAGACAGCGAACAGUUGGGCAGUGUUUCGGCAUCAGCCGAAAAUUCGGAUGGUAAUAUUUUACAGAUUAUAUCUAGUCAACUUCAGCAAGAACAAUCAAAUCCGGAUCAAAAUCGUGAUCGUGAAUCAUCACCAUCGGAUUCGCCGCCACAACAACGGAGAGAUCGUCGCACAUCGUCUCGCCGCGAUGAAGAUGGAAAUGUGGAAUUCGAUUGUGAUUAAUGCGGUUUGUUGUUCCAAUUUUUGGCGAUAAAAUUCAAUGCCACAUAUUUCGGCUAAAAGAAGCAACACAACAACAACAAACAAAACAAUUAUUUAACCAACUACUUUCAACCUAUUUAGCCAUUUUCUAAACAAACAAACAAAAACAAAACAAACAAACAUCAGAGCAAAUUUCUUGCAUUGAAAACAAUUUUCAAAUUAUUAUGGCGGCGUGGAGUAAGACCACACAGCUUUAUAAAUAUCAACUAUUAUCGAUGAAGAAAGGAAGUAAAAGAAGCCCAAAAUCUAUUAUUAUGUGCAAAACUGGCUGGCAAAAGCCCAAUUUUCUUAAAAAAAAAAAAACAAACCGAAGAAACUCUCAACUCAACAAAAUGCACACAUUUUCACGCGUUUCUUUUAUUUCCCUUUUUUAUAUAAAAUGUAAAACUACCAUUUAAAGAAAAAAAAACAAACAAACUUAUAUGUAAGUGAAUAGGGUGACCGUACCACUUGACAAAAAGUGGACGGCAGUAAAAGUGUAUGAGAAAAAAAGACCAACUUUAUAAUACCUAAACAAGGUUAUAAUUCAAUGUGAAGAGUGAUGAGACAUGUGAGACGCAUUGUUGCUCAAAUGAAUGUAAUGCGCAAUUUUACGCUUAAUUUUGAACUCAAUCGUUUUUUUCUCUCUCUUUCUUUAUUUCUGUGUUUCUUUCCGAAUCAGUUUUUUUGUUAACGAAUCAAAACCAUCGAUAAAACAUAUAAAUAUUAAUAAAAGUAUUUGCAUACGAUAACGGAUACAUAUAUAUGAAAAGAAAACCAUUUUGUUUGUUCCGUUAAUAUUUUUUCUAUUGUGUCAUCGAUUUUGCUCGUUCGAUAGCAAAAAAAACCGAUUCACCAUCUACAUUUAUUGUCCAACUCAACUGGAUACAUCAACAAAUUUAUUAUUCUAAAUUUUUUGCAUUUUGUUCUCUUUUUUAACUGUAUCGUUUUUAAUUUAUUUUCUAAUUUUAUAUUCUCACAAUUUCAUACGUACACAAAAAAAACACAUUAUGUUUUCGGCUUUGGUGUGUUUUCUACGAAAUCCGCAAUCAUAAACAAAAACAAAAAAAAAGACGUUUAUACAAAUACAAAACAAAAGGAAAAGUUAAUCAUUUUUAAUUCAUCAAAA